UUAUAAUGUGUUAGCAAAUCAUUUUUAUAAAAUUGUGUUCUAAACGUUAGUGAAACUAAUAUCAUUCAAUAUUAAAAUAUUGCUGAGUUGGCUCAAACAUUGUGCCGUCAGUCUGCCGUAACGUGGCGGCGCUGCGCUCGUGUGUGCCGCAGGAGUGGCCCGACCCGAACUGUCAUUGUUCAUGUAGUUUUCUGUGAUAAGAAUUACUGUGAAAUUAUAGUUUAGCGUACUAAAGUAAUUAUAUCCCUCACGAUGUCUGCUUCUGGUGAAUUCGGUAACCCGUUACGUAAAUUCAAGCUCGUUUUUCUUGGAGAGCAAAGCGUGGGCAAGACUUCGCUGAUCACAAGGUUCAUGUACGAUAGUUUCGAUAAUACUUACCAGGCAACAAUCGGUAUUGAUUUCCUGUCGAAGACAAUGUACCUUGAGGACCGCACGGUGCGGCUGCAGCUUUGGGAUACAGCGGGUCAGGAGCGAUUCCGAUCCCUUAUACCUUCGUACAUCCGGGACUCUACAGUUGCUGUUGUUGUCUAUGAUAUUACCAAUGCAAACUCAUUCCACCAGACGUCGAAGUGGAUCGAUGAUGUCCGCACGGAGCGUGGUUCCGACGUGAUCAUAAUGCUGGUCGGUAAUAAGACUGAUCUGUCGGAUAAGCGGCAGGUGUCCACUGAGGAUGGAGACCGCAAGGCGCGCGAACUCAACGUCAUGUUUAUUGAGACUAGUGCCAAAGCUGGAUACAAUGUGAAACAGCUGUUCCGGCGAGUAGCCGCCGCCCUCCCCGGGAUGGACUCCGCGGAGAACAAGCCUCCAGAAGACACCGUGGAUCUGCAGACGCAGUCUCCGAUGGGCUCCGAGCAGGAAGGCAGCGAGAGUGGCUGCGUGUGCUGAGCGCUCCCCCCGCGCCGCCCGCACCCCGCACUACGCUUCACCCCAACCCCCUGUCGACAUACGCACCCCAUACGCGAUCUCAACACACAGCUAGUGUCAAUCUUGUUUGUAGCUGUGUCGAAGUUACUUAAAGCUUUAUACACACUGCGUAUUAAACACCUAUAACUACCAUAUGAUAGCAAUUUGGCCUUAUGUGUUCUUUUUAGACGGGCAACAUAAUUAUGAAAAACCACAUUUAUAAUGACGGAUCUGCCUUUUGCCUACGAUGAUACCAAGAUAGGCGCUCAUUCUCGCGAAUAUUUUACGCGGUGUGUAUAGACCCUUAUGCGUGUGCGUAUAUAAUUUUAUUUCGCGCCAAUUUUAGUUUUUCAUAACCUCUAAGAGUAUGUCGUAGUUGGUGUAGAAUAAGGCGCACUUCCGAAAACCCUGUUCGCUGUCUUUGUCUUGUAUUAGAGUUAUAUCUUAGUUGGAUAAUUGUAGAAUAAUAUUGGAUACUCUACAUUACACAAAUACAGAUCGGAUUGUUUACACAUUUCCAUACGGUUAGUCACGGAUAGACGGGCUAGAGAGACGUUUUGCAUAGUUGUGUAUAGCACAAAAAUGAAGUUCUUGCUAUCUGAUCUCGAAAGCAUUACAGUAUUAUGUAGAUUACAAGUAGGAAAGUAAUUCUAAAUCUCUUCUAUUUCGAUUCUUGUUAUAUUUAGCACAAUUUUUGAUAGUAUCAGUAGAAAUAUCGGACUGAAUUUACACUUUUAGUUGAAGCUAAUGACCCGUGGAAUUUAUAUAUAAAUCAUUAUUUACGACUGAAUUGUGCCUAAUUGGUAAUACAAUGUUUUAUACCCAAUUAAUAAAAAUACAAUGGCCGCUACACAAUAAAUAUUGAGGCAAAAUGACCGUUAAAAUGUAUGAAUACAGGCUAAUCUUAAAUUCUUUUAAAGACACAAAUCAACGUAGAAUGAAAGUGCAGUUCGGUCGCUAUAGAUAUAUGUGAUGCCGCACGGUUAUUUGCCGUCACAACUACGUGUUGAAUUUCAAAAUACACGAACAAGCAUUAUAAUGGUUCAAUUUUAAUAUUCUCGUUGUUUGGGUCGUUAAGUUGAUACCACUUUUGUAUAUAUAUGUGAUUUUCUCCAAUGAUUUUGCUUACUAGUAUUGUUUUUUUAAUUCUUGUGAUUGGAGCGGUUCGAGUUCUUAAGGUUCGUGGAAUGUCUAGGGAGUGCUAAUUGGUGCAGGUGUACUGAAUAACGCACCAUUUGAAAGCGCAUUUACACGAUGUUGUACUCUUACAAUGUAAACGGCGUUUAUUCUAAUAUUGAUGUAGAAGUUUAGGUAAUACUUAAGACUGGGUAUAAUAUUAUUGACAUCACGGGCAAGGAAUAGGGGAGCAAGAUUGCGCGGCGGUUUUUAGUUUUUAUAAACAGAAGGAGAUUAAGAUAAUAUACAGCAGGAAAAUGUUUUCUUUGGAUAAAAAUCUUGAGUUUUUUAUUAACUUAAUGAA